AUGGCGCGAACGACGAGCAAGUCUUACGACGAUGUUCAGUUCAACGACUCGAGUGAUGGCGAUGGCACAAAGCCGGCUGACACCUACAUUGCAUUGUUCGAGUUUGAGCGCAGUGCUGACGGCCCAGGACAUCCCCAGUUUCCAAACAGCGAAUGGCUUGCAUCUCUCACCACCAUCUUGACAACCGCCGGGCUACAUAUUCAAUACAUCAACACCUACACGCUCUUAGCCUCGCUCGCCAAAAACCAGAUCGCGUGCUGA